CGACGCCCCUCCCCCCUCGGACCCCUAGCCAGCAAGACCCCGCCAAAAUGCCCCCCGCAAGCAAGUCCAACGGCAGCCCUGCCCCCUCACCCUACCCCCCCUCGCGCCCCGGGUCCUCCAAACCCGCCACCCCUUCAAAUGGUACUAGCAGCACCCCUAGCACUUAUCCUAUAUUGCGCAAGCAGCUCAUCGAUAUGCAAAAGCAUCCUGUGGACGGAUUCUCCGCCGGCCUUAUUGACGACGACAAUAUCCUCGAGUGGGGCAUUGUUAUCAUGGCCCCCGCCGACACUCUUUGGGAGGGCGCGAUCUUGAAGGCUCGACUCAUCUUCCCUACUGAAUAUCCACUCCUCCCGCCCAAGAUGAUCUUUGACUCGGAAAUGUGGCACCCAAAUGUGUACAAUUCGGGAGAAAAGAAGGGCGAAGUGUGUGUGUCCAUCUUGCAUGCGCCUGGGGAGGAUGAAUGGGGAUAUGAACAUGCGUCUGAGAGGUGGCUGCCGGUGCAUACCGUCGAGUCUGUUCUCAUCUCUGUCAUCUCACUCCUGAGCGCUGACGUUCCCGACUUGAACUCUCCUGCCAACGUUGAUGCCGCCAAGGAAGUGCGGGAAGAUUAUCCUGCCUACAAGAAGAGAGUUAAGCGACUGGCGAGGCGAUCCGCCGAAGAGGCUUACGACGACUGAACUCAUCCCACCGUCACUUACACAUUCUCCUUCUUUCCCUUUCCCUUAGGCCUUUCGACUUUUUCUAUCCUCAUUAUCCAUCUUAACGCCGACAACCAUCUUCAGACCAACCGUAUGGUCACUCAUCGGGAGCGGAAGGAGUGGGGCCGGACUAUCAUGAUUCGUUCAGAGGAGGGUGAAGGGUUUUGUGUGGUGUCGCUGUGGGGUGGGUGUAGGGGUGUGAGAGGAGAAAGAGAGGGAGGACAAAGAAAGGGAAAGGAAAUAUGUGUUAGUGCUAUUUACUAUGUACUUUCUAUAUUUCGUCCA